GUAGCCUAUAAUUACAAUGCGAUAGGAAUCAAAAGUAACGAAUGCUUCCGAUUCAGAGAAAAUAGCAUGGCUAGUUGUUAGUUAGAAAGUGUCAAAAAAAGAUUUAGUAGUAAAAUGGCAACGUCUCAAGAGGCUUGCUAUUUAACUCUGUUGGGUUUAGCAGAAGAAUUUCGAACAAUGAAUCCGCCAAACAUUAGGAACUGUAUUCAAUGUUUAUUGGCAAUUUUUAAUUUAAAACCUCCACCUAAAAUGGAAGUCAAGACGCAUUUGCAGUUGGGAAAUAUUUUACUACAGUUUACGAAAAACACAGAUUUAGCGCAAUCUCAUUUGGAAAAGGCGUGGUAUCGCUCACAAACUAUCACAGGUUUUGAUGAUGUGAAAUUUGAGACAGCCAGUGUUUUAGGUGACCUGUAUGAGAAAAAGGGUCAGACAGCUUUUGCCAAACAGUUGCUGAGUAAAGCAGUGGACAUUUCCCAGCAGUCUGUAUUCUGGCAUUGUCGGCUACUUUUUCAACUUGCACAAAUAUAUGCCAAUGAAAAGGACUAUGUAUCAUCAUCAAGUCUUCUUGGUGUGGGUGCUGACUAUGCUAAUCUAUCAGGUGCACAGUACACCCGGAUCUUGUUUUUGCUAAGCAAAGGAAUGCUCCUAAUGAUUGAUAAGAAAUUGACUGAAGUCCAUCAAGUACUCACACUGGCUGGUCAACUCGUUGAGGCAUGGCAGGGAUCCACCCAGCAGAAGGAAGCAUUGAAAGUUUUUUUUCUAGUUCUUCAAGUGUGCCACUAUCUCACUGCUGGUCAGGUGAAGAGUGUAAAACCAUGUUUAAAGCAACUUCAGCAAGGUAUACAGACCAUCACUUCUUUACACACUGAUGAAGAAUUAAUGCCAGCCAACCCAGGAGAUAUGUUUCAGUGGAUGCCAAAAGAACAUAUGUGUGUUUUGGUUUAUUUGGUUACAGUUUUACACUCAAUGCAAGCAGGCUACAUGGACAAAGCCCAAAAGUACACUGAUAAGGCUCUUAUGCAGAUUGAAAAACUGAAGAUGGUUGAUAGCCAUCCAAUACUUCAUUCUUUCCAACUGCUGUUGCUAGAACACAUUGCCAUGUGCCGACUGGUGAUGGGGAACAAAACUGUCUCAAUUCAAGAAACUGCCCAAGCUCUUCAGAUUUGUCGUCAGGAGCCAAGGCUACUUGCACGCCACUGUUCUCAGAUCCAUACUCUUCUUGGUCUCUAUGCCAUGUCUGUGAACUGUAUGGAAGCUGCUGAAGCUCAGUUUGGUGUAGUAUUGAGGAGUAAUGCAGCAACAGAGCUGAGAAUUCUUGCCAGUUUGAAUCUGGCCAUUGUCUACUUGAGAUGCAGAAAGGAAAAGGAACUUUCAGAGUUGUUGGCUCGCCUCAACCCCGAAGCUUUGCCUUCUGGUUCUCACAGUCUGCGGGCGGCUGCAUAUUAUGUCCAUGGCCUAAACGCAUUUUUCCAGGCUCGUUACAAUGAUGCUAAGCGAUAUCUUAGAGAAACACUGAAGAUGGCCAAUGGUGAAGACUUAAACCGUCUUACUUCAUGCUCUCUCGUUCUGUUAGGUCAUAUAUUUUACUCUUUGGGAAAUAACCGAGAAAGCACAAACAUGGUUACUCCAGCCAUGCAGUUGGCCAGUAAAAUACCUGACGUUCAUGUUCAGCUGUGGGCUUCUGCUCUUCUUAAAGACUUGUACCGAUUAUGCGGUGAUCGAAUGCGUGAGCAAGAAGCUGUACAUACACACAGUAAUUUUUCUCAGCUAUUACUGAAGGAUCACUUUCAAGCUUCUCAACUGGCUGAACAUCAUCUAAUCCAGUGGGUUAAAGGAGACCCUCCAGCUCUACCAAUUCCAAGUUCUUCUGCUUCAACAUCAUUGUUGUAAAAGAUGCAGAACAAAUAUUACUUACUGGUCUGUGAAAUCAAGUAUUUUAAUAUCAUGUUGUCACGAUUUAUAAGUGACCACUUAAUGAUACUACUGUUACAGCAACAUUAGUAUCCUUUAAUUUAAAAAGAUAAAAUUCAUAUAAAUUGUACUUUAGUUGUAUUUUUUGCAUGCUUUACAUAAUUUUUUUAUCUUAGAUGUUGCUAAUUUUACUAAUAAAUUUUUUUUUACCAGUGUCUAUAUUAUUUGAAUUUUUCUGAAGCUUAAAACAUGGCUUUAAAUCAAAUGUGAAUCAGAGCUUGUACAAGUUGUGUUAGCCUGGUACUGAAUCAGAAAUUGAGACAGGUAGUGACAUCUGGAGGGAAUUGGUAACCAUGUUUUUCAAACUAACUUGGAUGUGCUGAAUCAAAUGAUUUAGGUUACCAAAUUUUCAUUUUUCAGGCAAGAUUCAAAAUGUAAGAAUAUUAUAGGUGUUUUCCUUCUAUAAUCCUUAGAAUUUGGGUUAUAAAUUGAAGAAAAAAGCUUUUAUGUCUUUCAUAAAACCUAGCAAAUUGCUGUUUACUGCCAGUUUGUUUGAUUUUUAGGUAUUUAAAGUAAUAGUUUGCAUUUAGUAUAUUUCUAUUUAGUGAACUAUAACAAAAGUUGUGUUUUGAUGGUAGAAAUGAGAUAAAGAGAGAAAUGCAUCAUUGCUAACUUGAUUUGGGCUGAACAUUAUUGACUUACAAACUUGUAUGUAUCAAGGAAAACAUCAAAUAGGUUUUUACAAGCCAAAAAAAAUCAUAAGAACUCAAAUUUUGACAAUUUAUUGUGGUUGUUUAAAAAUUUUGAACUUUUAAACCUUCAAAAAUAAAAAGUCCCAUCUUCCUCUGUCUCUAAGGUCGUUUAUUUACACCAUUGUUUUAUGAAAAUGCAUUACAGGUAAAAAAACAAAAACACUUUUGCAUAUAGUAUUUACUUGCAUGAUGCUCCUGUAUGCACCUUAUUUACAUAGACAGCCAACUUCAUUCUUGUGUUUGACAUCCACAUGUUCCAAUACAACAAAUACAAUAUUACUUGUAUUUACACAGUGU